ACCAUGGAUGAUGGUGCUGCAUCCACCGGCGUUAUUGUGAAGAACAAGCCGGGCGCGAAACCGCUGAACAUCGUCGAUGACUUCAAUCGGCGUAAGAUGACGCUCUACAAGCACUGGGUUCGCCCACAGUUCUUGCAGUACAACUACAUGUACGACUACCGCGUCAACUACUACGACGACGUCAUCGACUACUUGGAUCGACGAAACCGGGGUGUUGCAUCUGAGAUUCCGCGCCCGCAAACCUGGGCCGAGCGUGUCCUGAGAACUCAGAAGAACGCCACGCGUGAUAUCGACGAUGUGUACAACUACACCAGCAUCAGCCACAAGCGGGACGACAAGAAGCUCAUGAAAAGGUCGUCCCUUGGUGCGGCUAUAUCUGAGCACUACCUACCGAGGCUGGUGAAGGUGCUGAAUCGUCGUUAUGCCCUAUACCGCACACCGGUGUCGCUCGGCCCAGUACCUUCAUAUUACAUCGAUUUCUUCGGAAACAACCGGUUUUACCCUUCGUACAUGUUGACUCACUCGUUCGGUUGAUGUGACGGAAACGGACAAUGAACGCGCAGUGA